AUGAUUAGAAUUCACUUAAUUCUUAGCACUCUCAUUAUACUUUCAUAUUAGUGCACUUAUUUGUAAGACAAUAAGCUUUUCAUAACUUCAACCCCAGGAGAAACAAUAACAAUUCCUUUGAACUAGAUAUUCUAUUCUAACGAUUAUGAUUAGACCAUAUUCUAGCCUGUUGUUCCUCAGCUUACAAUUAAAGCUCCUUUAUAGGAUUUGGAGAAGAUUCCUAUAAAUGGAUUAAAAGGAGAGAAAAUUUCGAUCAAAAUGUUAAAAUCAACUAAAAGUAGUGAGCCAUAACAUUUAAUGGCCAUACUACUCCUCAAUGAAGGAACUUAUUAUUGUGAAUAUGACUUAAAAUAUUACUCUACUUUCCCUAAUUUACAAGCUCUAUUUCAAAGCACUGGUAGAGCAAAUUCUAAGUGCUAUGAUAUAGCUCUUUUGACGACUCUGGUAAUAACAGAAUGCUCUGAUGAGGAAGGAGAUUACUUUAGCAUUCUGAAAAUUGAUUAAUCCCCCCACACUUAUCUCCCAGUUGAGAAACCCAAAGACUCGUUUAGAAAAUUAGAUAUGAUUGAUUAAUAUCUAUUGAGAGGUACUGUUGACAAGUUGGAACUGUAUUAAGAAUAAGAAGAGACACUUGUAUUCCUGAAUAGCCUAGACUAGACUGCAAUGAGAACACUAUUAAAGUAGGACUCAUUUGACCUAUAGAUAAGAGAUUUUUAAACUCAUACAAACGGAUAGAUUAGUAUACUGAAUGCAUCUGGGGAACUAAUUAUUUUAUAGUAUAAGAAUGAUAAGUGGCAAUUAAUUCGUAAGAUUGACACUUAGAUUCCAGAUGUCUAUUCAUAUGAUUUUGAUGUCUACAAAAACACUUAUGUAAUCCUUUCAAAAACAUAACUAUUUCACAAAACAAUCACUGCCUAAGAAUUUACUACUACCAUCGACUCCAAACAAUCUGAUAAGGUUUAUCUAUAAAAAACUUCAAUCGUAGUGCUUUAGGAUAAGACUGUAGUCUUAUAUUCAGAAUAAUUAUAUAGAUUCUAGUCGAAAACCUUAGACGAUUCUCAAUCUAUAAUCUAUUCACAUCCUAAUUCUGAUGGAUUUUUGGUUGUUGAUGAACAAAACUUUUACAGAUACGCCAUAAGUACUGAUUAUUCAUUAAAAUUUUCAUCUGGUUAAUUACCAAUUGAGAAAGAAUAUAAAAUUACAAAGCUUAUUUAAUAAAAUAGCUGCGUUAUUGAUAUUUAUUAUAUGGUUGUUGGCUUUGAAUCUACAUAGAUAUAUUCAACUUAAGUACCUUAAGCAUUGAUAGCAGGAAGUGUAUUUUAUGACAAUUUAGAUGUAAAGUUGAGUUCCAUUUAUUAAGGUUCCAAUCUAAAGUAUGAAUUUUCAGAUAAUGAAAUUCUCAAUCUAAAAGUAGAAUAAUUCUAGACCAUUGAAAUCUUUGGUGUUGGGGAUACUUCCGAUGUUAUUUAUAGAAAAGCCUUAUCAAAUUUAAAUAAUCCAUAUAUCUAAAUUAUUUAACAACACAGCAAUAAAUAAAUAAGUGGAUUCACCUGUGAAAUUAUAGGUUCUCUCAAAUUUAAUUGCUAAUCAAUUUUCAGUAAGAGGUAAUUCGAAACAUUGCAAGAUUCUGAUAAAUAACUUUGGUGGUUUAAUUAUAAUUCGAUUUUCUUAGCAAUAUUGAAAGAUUCUACCGUUACAAUCUAUUGUGUCUACUACAAUUAAAAUAGAUUUGAUGUCUUGACAACUAUAAAUUUCGAGAACAAUCCCAUAUCGAUUGCAACAGAUAGUUUUUACUUAUUCGUCUAAUUGUAGCAAUCUGUUAAGAUAUAUAAGGUAUCUACUGAAGAUAAAGCAACCUUAUUCUUAACAUAAGAUAUAGUGGGAAAGAUUUAUGCAUCUUAAGCAUAAAAAGACAUUUUGUUUAUAGAGUAAGAUAAAUAAUUGAAUGUCUAUUCCUUACAAUAUGAAAAGUUUACUUUAAUUUGGUUCACAGAAGUCAAUGAUAAUUAUGAUCAAACGAAUUUGAUAAUUUUUUAAAAUCAUUUUGCUAGAGUCAUUAAAAUCAAGGAUGAGGAGGAAUACAACAUUAAUGUGUUUAAUUUUUAAAAUAUUAAUAAUAUCUAUUUGGAGAAAUUAAUAAAAAUUAACGAUUAUUCUAAUCUAGUGUUAUCCUAAAUUCAAGUUAAUUUCUAAAACAACUUAUUUUAUAUUCUUGGGUAGAAAACUGGGUAAUAAAAACUACUAGUUUAUAAAGUGAAUGAGAAUAGUUUAAAUACCAUGUUUUUAAGCAUAGAUUUUGUUGCUGCUUCGUAAUUCACAAUUACACAUAAUUAUUGCUUUAUUACUAAUACGAUUGCAAAUAAGCAAGUGCAAUAAAACUACUACAUCUCAGGAGAUAACUUAGUUUAAUCUAAAUUAAAGGACAAUUAUCAAUAGGUUGAGUACUCUAAAGAGAUAACCUUAAGUGUUUCAAUUAAGAAUGAUGCUCAAAUAGUUGUAACCCAAUAAAUUCCAGCCCUAAUAGUAAAUAGAGGAGUUUCGAUAUUUUAGACUAAAAGCUCAUUGAAUUUAACAUAUAAAGCAGAUGGUGCUCAAACUCAUUGUGUUGAUUUGGAUUAAUCUUGGUAUAGUGGCUAAGCAUUUGAUAUCACUCAGACGGAAAGUUCUUAAAAAAUUAAAUAUGUAAAAACAUUAUCAAAGUAGCCAGAAACCUUUGAAUUUAGCCCAUAUAUCUAAGAACUCAAUUCAGAUACAAUAGUCUAAUUGAUGGAAUAGAAAAUUGUCUUGAUAAAGAAGUCAGAUUUGAGUAAGGUUCAAUUUGAUUUGGAUAAAUCCUAUCUGAUCAACAAAUUAUUACUUAUUCAAGAUCAGCACAUAUAUGUAGAAGUGUAUAAAGAUGCUUAAAUUUACUUAAAGGUCAUAGAAUGCAAAGAUUCUACCUGUAAAUACUUAGAAGAUGAAUUACAAUUCGAAAAUAAUAUUAAUAAGGUUUUCCUUCAUAAAACCAACUACUUCAUUUAUUCAAAUUCAAUUAUAUUUGUAUAUGAUACAAAAGGAGAUCCUACUAAGUUGUCAGAAUUUGAAUAAUACAAUCAAUAUACUUUAUCAAAAUAGCCAUUUUUUGUUAAUUUUCAACAUUUACGCGAUGAUAUUUACACUGUUAUUUCUGUGGAUGUGAGAGGGAAUGUAUACUUUAAUAAUAUAGAGAUCUCUAGAACCUCAAAAGAUUAGAAGGAGAUCCCUACAGAUGUUUUUAAUACACUAAAGAAAAAUUAAUUGUACGUAACUAGCAAUGCGAUUUGCAUUGGAUUUGUUGUAAGAAAAAAUGAAAUAGUUAUUGUAUACAAUUAUAUUGCUACAUAUUCAUUUAAAUAUGAAUUUGAUUGUUAUAGCAGUAAAUUAUGCGAUCUCAAGUAUUUCACAUUGAGUGGCGUUUAUCAACAGUAUGGAGGGUGGUUUAUGUUCAACCUCUAUCCUAUCAUAUAUUAAAAUGAGAAUAUCUUGUCUUUGGUUUAUUGGGCGAAUAACAGAUUUGAGCAACUCUUAUUUGAUCUUGAAAGUUCAAGCAGCAAAUAAAACCCUAAGCUAGCAAUUGCUCAUUUAAAUGGUCCUACUAGUGCGAUCCCAGGUCAUUUCUAUUAAUUGUAAUCAUUUGUCUACUCUUUUAAUGGGCAAUUACAUCUAUUGGCAACAACGGAUGAAGAAAUCAAACUAUAACAUUAUACAUUACAACGAUCUUAAUAAAUUUGCACCUCUGCUUAAUAAGCUAAUGAAAUUAUUAAAUUAACUUUACAAAACUCUAUCAAUAAUGUAAAAUUAACUUUGAAUUUAACCAUGUCAUAAGAUAAUCAAAUUCCACCAGAACCUGAACCUAAAAAUGAUGAUGAUAAAAAAGGUUUCCCCGUUUGGGCCAUCAUAUUAAUUAUUAUUGGUGUAUUCCUUAUUGGAUUUAUAGCAUUCAAUUGUUGGAAGAAGAAUAAGAAUAAAGUAGAUGAUUAGAGAAUAUUGUUGGCAUGA